AUGGUUUCGAUGGGUGUCUUCGCCGUUGUGAUGAGCUGUAUCAUGGUCGGCGGCUUCAGCUAUCCAACACAGCCAACAUUCCCGUCAUGUCAAUCACGUGUGUGCCAUUCUGGUGCAAAUACUGGCUACGGUUGUCGCGGUGGCGUCUGCGACUACACGUGUUCCGAGUCAUCGUGCCACGGUUUCGGCAACGCAGUCUUUCCACACAAGGGAAUGCAGGAGACGUGGGGUAGUGGAGCACUGGGCAAGCAAGGCUGCUAUGGUGGAAACUGCGGCUACUGGAGUGGAUGCAAGAAUGGCAAGUGCAGUGACUUCUACGACUUCCAGCAGUGUCAACAUGUCAAAUGCGUCAAUGGAUCGUUCCAUGGCUAUGGUUGCAGCACUGGUGGCAACUGCCGAGUUGUCUGCUUCAUUGAUGUUUGCCAUUCCGUUGACAAUUAUGGUAAGGUGUACCAACCAACAAUUCCUUCACAAAAGAGCUCACAAUAUGAAGAUGUAUUCUAUGUAAAUAAGACAAGUAAAUCUUCACAGUCGACGAAAGGAAAGAGCAGUGCUUCAUCCGGCAAAAGCGGUAAAUAUGGCUCUAACUGGAAAAGUGUUCGUGAGGUAUGGGGACAUGGGCCUGCAAAGACCAUGAAGGAUAUGCAAGGCUAUGGUGUUCCUGCUUAUCGCACGAUGGAUGGUGGGUAUGGUUAUGGCUAUGGCUAUAAUCCCAGGGUGGGCUAUGGUGUGCCAAACUAUGGUCAGGCAAUGUAUCCACAGCCUCAAAUGCCAUACCCUUCCACUUACGUGUCCACCAUGGAUCCACAUGUACUCCAAUCCAUGCUUCUCCACAUGCCUAACUUGAAUCAACUUCUCAUGCAUGUAGAUGCGAUGCUUCUUCAAUCAGCUUUGAUGCGAGUACCAGGUUACGGUGCUUACGCCUCCAGUACGGACGCAUAUACAUUGCAGUCAACGAUUGCAGGACUUCCAUACGUGAGAGAUAUUGUGGCAAGUAUGGAUGCAAGACUGCUGCAAUGGAUGGUCGCAUACGUACCCAAUAUUGAUGCCAUUUUGUCCAGUGUCAAUCUAGCUGUCAGUUCAGCCACAGUGCCCAAUGAGCCUAGCAAGGCGUCUGAGGCGAAAAAGACUAUUGCCAGGGCGUCUCAACGUGCCACUGACAUGCCUGAUCUGGCAAACAUGACAGAUGCUGAGGUUACGCAACUCAUUAUAUCCACUGUGCCUAGUAUUCCUCCUCAGUACGCCAAUGUCCUCUUCAACAAGGAACCACGCUUCGUCCGGUAUAUAAUUGAGAACCACCAAAACCUCCACAGUCUUCUUGACAACAUGAAUGCUCAGACGCUUCAGUACGUUGCUGCGUACGUUCCUACGUUUGGUAAAAUCAUCGCCAGCAUGAAUCGCAACACAUUGGAAGUGGUUUUCGACAAACUGCCCAACACUGCCAAAUACUUGGCAGACAUGGAACCCGAGAAUUGGGAUCCCUCACCUACGCAGCGUGCACUGCUAGUUUCGAAAAUGCCUUUGUCAGCCGAUGACACUGUGAAGUCGACCUCCAUGAGGCAUCGCCCGUGUUCUCAGGAUCGGCAGUAA